UUCAAUUAAUUUAAUUAGACCGCUUGUUGAAUUUAAUUAACAAUCAGUAAUCAAGGAUCUGAUUCCACCUUUUUGAUUGUUUAGACAAAUUGUUCUUUUUUUCUUCAAUUGUUUUCAUUCCGUUAAUCAUCAUCAUCUUGAUCAUAUUUCUUUUCUUUUCCUUCUUCUUCUCCUCCUCAUCCUCAUCCCCAUCAUCCUUAUCCUUCUCAACCUUUAUAUCCUUUUUGUUUCUCUGGUGUUUUUUUAAUGAAUUUCGGUUUUCUGCUUAAUCCAUCGCAACACCGACAAUUUAAUCUUUACCAUCAUCUUCAGGUUAACAGGUAACCGGCAGUAUUCUGGAAUAUAUACUCUGAAUGAUCUCGAUAAAAAUCUGACCAAUUUACCAUCUUCAAAGCCGAUAUUGAUAACAGAGUGUUCACUCAUCAUUGGAAACUGAAAUUAUACUCUCAUUAUUGGACAGCAACACUUUGUCCUUCCAGAUCGGAGUAUUUUCAAAAAAAAUACUUGUUUUCUGUUUUUCGUUUAUUGAAAAACACAAAGCAUAAAGAGUGAUAUCAUUAGUUAAAUUACCUUCAAAUUAAUUUAUUGUGAACAUUACUUUAGAAGCUAAGAGAAAACAAAUAAGUCUAUUAUCCCAAAAGGACCCGUGAAUUUUUGGACUAAACAAAUUUAAUUUAUUAAGUAUCGAUUAUUUUUUUUCACAUUUACCUACACGGACAUAGAAGUUAUUAAAAUGGCAACUACAGUUGUUGAUCCAAAUAAACCACUCGAUGGCCCCUCUGUAACCCUUACCAUACGUUUAAUAAUGCAAGGUAAGGAAGUUGGCAGUAUAAUUGGUAAAAAAGGUGAUAAUAUAAAAAAAUUUCGUGAGGAAAGUGGUGCCAAAAUCAACAUAUCAGAUGGUUCCUGUCCAGAAAGAAUUGUAACUGUAACCGGAUCUACUGAGAGCAUCCUAAAGGCUUUCUCUUUGAUUGGUAGAAAAUUUGAAGAGUUACAUGAACCCUGGAAAGAUGGUCAAAGUGGAACCAAUCCUGUUACCCUUCGUUUAAUAGUCCCUGCUAGUCAAUGUGGCUCUCUUAUUGGUAAAGGUGGUGCAAAGAUUAAAGAAAUCAGAGAAAUAACCGGAGCUACUAUUCAAGUUGCCAGUGAAAUGUUACCUAAUUCAACCGAAAGGGCUGUUACCAUUUCGGGUAAUUCAGACUCAAUAACCAAAUGUAUUUAUCAGAUCUGUUGUGUGCUGAUGGAAUCACCGGCUAAAGGAGCAACUAUACCCUACCGUCCUAAGCCGGCAAUGCCUCCUGUCAUUUUUGCCGGUGGUCAAGCAUACACUUUACAAGGCCAGUACGCAAUACCUCAUCCAGAUCUUACCAAACUUCAUCAAUUGGCCCUUCAACAUGCUCCCCUUUUACCAGGUCACAAUGUUAAUACCGUUAACCCACAGGCUUUAGCAACUUUAACAGCAACCAGCUCAAUUAGACCGGUUGCAGCUACCACUUUAGCCACAACUGGUGCAGCAACUACCGAAAUGGCAAUACCUAAUGACCUUAUCGGUUGUAUAAUUGGUAAAGGAGGAGCAAAAAUUAAUGAAAUCCGACAACUAUCUGGAGCUGCAAUUAAAAUAUCUAAUUCAGAAGAAGGCUCUAAGGACAGAACUGUUAGCAUUACUGGUACACCCGAAUCAAUCAAUUUGGCCCAAUACCUUAUUAAUACAAGUAUUCAAAAUGCCCAGCUCCCUUUUUUAUGGAAAAGUAUACCAACAAAAUAAAACCACGGCGUCAUUUACUUUAUUAUUGAUCACUGUUCAUCAUUUCUCUCUCUCUCUCUCUCUCUAUCUAUCUAUCGUCAUCAUCGCUACUAUCUCUCAUUAACGAAACCAAAGAGUACUAAGGAAGAGCGAUCAAUGUUGAUUAUUUACUUCGUGUAAUUGGGGAUAAAAUUCAACGACGUUGCCACUGAGGUUUUCUCUUUUUUUCAGUUUUUCUCUAAUUGUUAUAAAGAUGGAUGAUUACUGAUCAUUUCAACAUCGAUCAAAACCAAUCAAUUUUAAAUUGAUCGAUAUCCAAUGAUCAAUCGAAACAAUCAACGGGCACAAAAGUUUUUUUCUUAAAAAUUCGCUCGAUUUCAACAAAAAAUAAGAGAAAGAUUUAACUUUCAUAAUUCUGUGAUCGCUUUAUUCAAGAUCAGAUAUUGGAGAGAAUUGAUCAUGAUCCAUCCUUGGUUUGGAUUAUUUUAACCUCGUAAAUUGUUAUAUCGAAAUUUAAACCUUUAAGAUUAAUUUACAGAGAGCAAGUGGCAACUUUCGUGACUUUUAUCCUCAAAACUUGACAAUUUAUCAUUGAAAAGAAGUCUCUAUUCUUUAUUACUCUUUGGGAUACACUCAUUGAAGAAAUCAAGUGAAAACUUAACAUGCGAUCCUCAUCAUCUUCUCACGAAAAAAAAUUCGUAACGAAAGUUCAAAUGAAAUGAAAUUGUGAAUUAUUUGAAUCACAAUUAAUUUCCUCAAUCCCGGUGGAAGAUGAAGAUGAAAAAUGACCAUGGACCGUUACCUUGACCCUCUUUAACUCUCUCUCUCUCUCUUUCUUUCUCUCUCAUCUUUCUUUCACCAAAAUGUUAAAUUUCAAUGAAUCAGGUUUUAGUAACUGUAAAAAUUUUAAUCUUGAAAGUGUUUGUUGUCAAUUUCACCUAAAAAUUAUUUGCAUGUCAAUUAAUUCACAUAGAUUAUCCCAUAGACUAUGCCCGAUAUUAAUACUCUGUCAUCAUAGUCUAUGUCCAUUCAUUGUUAUACUUUCUCUCUCUCUCUCCAUAGAUUCAUUCAACUUUAAUUUAACUCUCUCUUUCACUCUCUCGCCUAUUCCCCUUGAAUAAAUUAAUUGUUGUUUUACAAUUAACUAAAUGUCGUCCUUGUUAACCAUCGUAAAUCUAUUCGCAUCCUUGUUUUAAAAUCACAAUUAAUGGUCAAAUUAUUAUUGUUAAUGUUAUCAUUUUAACACAUCAGCUUAAUAAUUGCGCCUUAAUUACUUAAUCUCAAAAACAGUAUUUAAUUAGUUUAAAUCAAUAUGAUUAAAAUUGUCAAAUCAAUUUAUUUGAAUAUAAACAAUCUAAUCUCAUCUAA